AUGGUUCUUGGGCUUAGAUCAAAGAACCGGAAAGGUACUUCAGUGCAGCUUGAUUAUCUCAUUCAUGUACAAGAAAUCAAGCCUUGGCCCCCAUCACAGUCUCUUAAAUCUGCCCAAUCAUUGUUGCUUCAAUGGGAAAAUGGUGAUCAGAGUUCUGGUUCUUGUACUUCUAAUGUUGGAGAUGGGAAAGUUCAAUUCAGUGAGUCUUUUAGGCUUUCAGUUACUUUAUGCAAGGAAGUAUCCAGAAAAGGUACUGUUCGAGACAGUUUCCUGAAGAACUACUUAGAGUUUAACUUAUUUGAAUCUCGGAAGGACAAGGCAAUGAAAGGUCAACUCCUGGGAUCUGCAGUCAUAAACCUUGCAGAUUAUGGAAUCAUAACGGAUACUGUAACCAUAAAUGCCCCAAUUAAUUUCAAGAAGUCUUCUCGGAGCACGGUGCCGGCGGUUCUUUAUGUAAAUAUUCAGCCAUUUGAUAGAGAUAAGUCUAGCUUGUCAAAAGAAGUGUCACUAGACAAGGAUGGAAGUGAAACUGUUUCAGAAGUUACGAAUGAAGGGAAUGAUGGUGAAAUUGAGAUUGCCUCCUUUACUGAUGAUGAUUAUGAUGAUAAUGUUUCCUCACAUUCAUCACUGACAGUGUCCUCUUCUGCAUUAGAGUCUAGUAAAGGUUCACCAAGUCAAUCUGACACGAAGGGAUCAGGAACAGCAAACAGUGGCACAAGAAGGAUUGAUGGGCCUGCAUUACCUACAGGUGUAUCACCUUCAAACGCAGAAGUGAACUCAGCAGCUCAAGGAUUCAAACUUCAGAAUAGAGCAGCUUCUCCUCCAUUGCCAACAGGCAUGUCCAAUCUGCUGAAUCCUGUAAAUAAUCUUGCAGAAAAUGUUAUGUUGUCAGAUGACUGUAGUCAGGUGGGUAAGAGCUCAAAUUGUGUAGGCUUGGAAGAGUCUCGAACUAAACAAGACGCUGAUAGAAAAGCCUGGAGACAUGAAAUGAGUGGAAUAGAGAAUGCUACAACUUCUAAUUUAAAUGGUGAUCUCAUGGAUGACAAGGGACAGGGUACGGUUAUUUUGGAGGUAAAGAAACCUGCUAUGGAGGAGAAAUUACUGGGUCAAUUACCUGAACAUGCAUCAAAAAAGCAAGCUAAAUUAAGGAGCAAUACUCUUGCACUCAACCGAACAGCAAUUGGAGUGCAGGGUAACACCCGGAGAGAUAAAUUGAAGCAUCUGAAGUCUGUUCAAUUACAGUUUCACUCAGCUGAGGGUGAGGAUCCCUUCGUCAAUAGCCAAUUCGUAGAGAAAGAAAAGAAGAUUGAUAUUUCUGAACAUGUUAAUAAAGGUGAUAAGGGCUAUGCGCACAGUGAAAUGGAAAAAUCAACAAAAGGUUCUCAUGGCAACCAAGGUGAAUCAAAUUCUAAAGUUGAGAUACUUGAGGAAGAGUUAAGUGGAGCUGCUGCCAAGGAUGGCCUUGCCGAGCAAGGAAACUCUACAAAAACGUUCCAGCUAAUGGAGAAGGAAAAAGAAAUUGAUCUUCCUGAAAAUGUUAAUAAAGUUGACAUGAGUUAUGCCCCAAGUAAAAGAGAUGAACAAACAGAAAGCAACUUUUCAGGAAACAAAGUUGAACUGGAGUCUGAAGUUAAAAUGCUUGAGGAAGAAUUGAUGGAAGCUGCAGCUGUUGAGGUUGGCCUUUACUCAGUUGUUGCCGAGCAUGGGAGUUCUAUAAAUAAGGUCCUAGCACCAGCAAGGCGCCUUUCAAGAUUCUACCUUUAUGCUUGCAAGGGCGGGUCCUGGGCCAAGAGGGCAAAUGCCGCAAGAGCUAUUAUCUCAGGAUUAAUUUUGGUUUCUAAAGCAUGUGGAAAUGAUGUUCCAAGGUUAACUUUCUGGUUGUCAAAUUCGAUUGUGCUAAGAGCAAUUGUAAGCCAAGCUGUUGAGAAGUUGCAACUUGCUUCAGCAACAUCUGUCAUUAAUAAUGGUGGUCCAAAGGGCAGGCACAAGUCAUCUAUAUGUGAAGAAGAGAAAACUGAUAAAACAGAAAGUUGUGAUGAGUGGGCUGAACCUCAACCAUAUAUAGCAGCAUUAGAGAAGGUUGAAGCUUGGAUCUUCUCCCGAAUUGUUGAGUCAGUUUGGUGGCAGACUCUGACACCACAUAUGCAAUCCGCAGCUGUAAAGAGCUCAAACUCCAGGAAGACCCAUGCUAGGAGGCAUGGAUUGGGCGAUCAAGAACAGGGGAAUUUUGCUAUUGAUUUAUGGAAGAAGGCUUUCAGGGAUGCAUGUGAAAGGCUUUGUCCAGUUCGAGCUGAGGGGCAUGAAUGUGGUUGCUUGUCUGUGCUGUCUAGAUUGGUAAUGGAACAGUUGGUAAGUAGAUUAGAUGUGGCCAUGUUCAAUGCUAUACUUCGGGAAUCAGCUGAAGAGAUGCCAACAGAUCCUGUUUCUGACCCAAUCAGUGAUCCUAAGGUUCUUCCAAUCCCAGCUGGAAAUUCAAGCUUUGGGGCUGGUGCACAAUUGAAAAAUGCUGUUGGAAAUUGGUCCAGAUGGCUCACAGAUUUAUUUGGUAUUGAUGAUAGUGACUAUCCAGAAGAGAAGGAUGAACUUGAUAGCAACAGGCGUGAAUGUGAGACAUCCUUCAAGGCUUUCCAUCUUCUGAAUGCGUUGAGUGACCUUAUGAUGCUUCCAUUUGAAAUGCUUGCAGAUAGGCCAACUAGAAAAGAGGUAUGCCCUGCAUUUGGUGCACCAAUAAUCAAGAGGGUUCUUGAGAAUUUUGUCCCAGAUGAAUUCAACCCUGACCCUAUCCCAGAGACAAUUCUUGAGGCCCUGGAUUCUGAGGAUCUUGCUGAAGCUGGGAAGGAGUCUAUCACAAACUUUCCAUGCACUGCAGUUCCCACAAUCUAUUCACCACCUCCUGCAGCAUCGCUAACAAACAUUAUAGGAGAGGUGGGAGGCCAAACUCUGCAGAGUAGAUCAGCGAUGCUUAGAAAGUCAUACACUAGUGAUGAUGAGCUUGAUGAGCUGGAUUCACCCAUGACUUCCAUCAUCGAAAACUCCAAGGCUUCUCCUGGUUCAACAGCAUGGGAUUGGAUGCAAAAAGGAAAGGCAGGCCGGAAAGUUGUUAGAUAUAAACUCCUCCGGGAAGUAUGGAAGGACGGUGAAUAG